AUGCUUUGCAACUGGCCAAUUUGCGCACAGGAAACCUCUAAAGCGCGGGCCGGCAGCACGCCUACGACUUUUCCUUAGGCAAUAUGCAUUUAAAUUGAAGAUAGCUCUUCGCAAAACGCAUUUAUGUACAGCGGACGUUUGUGGACGCCGCCUGUAUCAUCAUGUGUUGAGCGGCCUGGACGAGGAGUGCACACUUAUUUUACUGAAGACGAGUAGAAAAGCAAUUGGUACUUCUAUCUCACUGUAACUGAGCUCAGAAACACAGUCAGGCGAAUUCCUGACAACGGUCAGACUGGCAGCUCAAAGGAAUAGGCGGACGUGGAGGCGGAAGGGGGCCAAUUACAUCGCUCCCCGGUGCUGAGCUGCCCGGCGUCAGCAGCAUGUAUCACCAUCAUGGGUUGGGCCAAGUGUCACAGCAGGGACAGCAUGGGGCUGGGCACGGAGCCCCGGCGCAGUUCGCGACAAGCGAUGCAGUUGCGGUCGGCCCCGCCGGCGUAACCACGACGUACAUUCAGGUCCCACAGCAGCAGGCGGUUCUUCUGGGUCCUGGUACAGUGUUCGGGGUUGCGGGGCCGGGCGGGUUUACGGUGUUUCCCACCAGCGCCGGGCUGCUGCCCGCGGGGGUCUACGCCUCCCCCCACGUGUCGCAAUUGCCGCACCAGCAGCCCUACCAGGGCGCGGGUAGCGGCAUGGGAGCCGCGCCUCAGAUCAUGGGAGGUGGCGCGAUGCCGUACGGAGCGCACCAGUCGGCGCACCACCCGCACCUGCAGCACCUGCAGCACCACCAGCAGCAGAUGCAACAGCUAUCCAUGCAAGCCCGGCCGCAUGCCCAACACCAACACCCCCACGCACACGCCAUGGGUGGGCAGCAGCCAAUGCCGCUGCCUCAGCGCCGGCCGGGCAUGAGGCCGCAGCAGCCCUACGAUGCAGGCGCGGGGCGGCAGGCUGCGUACGCAGGCAGCAGCCCGCAUCCACGCCAGCAGGGCGGCACCCCUGGAGCCUACCCACACCAGCAGCCACCGCAACAGCAGCAACAGCAGCAGCAGUUGCAGCCAUCAGGCGCCGGGCCAGGGAGCAGAGGGCACAGCUUGGCGGGCCCGGGCGCCCCAGCGCUCGCGCGCGGGGCGGGGGUACAGCAGGGGGCGCGCCCGGGUGCGCGGCAGGGUGGCCCGGUCUACAGCAGCCCCCCGGCAGCUGACGGCGCCAGUGUCAGCCUGGAGGGUCUCGAAGUAGUUUCCGUUGGUGAAGCACUUCAUCAGGAGAUAUCGGCUACCAACGAGGGUCACGGCCCAGCACGCGACGCGCCUGGUGCUGCGGCUGCGGCUGACCAUGCCGCCGGGGCCUCGGGAAGCGAGGCCACCGGCACGGGUGGCUCCUCCUCCGCGGCCACCUCUGCCAGUGCCAUGGCAGCUGCUGGGAGGGCGGGAGCAGCACCGCAACCGCUGGGAGGUGGAGGUGGCGCAGGUUUCCCGCAGCGCGGGACCGCAGCCGCGUCCGGGUCCGGCAGCAUGCUGCAUGCGACGGAGGCCGGACCCAGCCCUACGGAACGGCCGGCAGCUUCGGCAGGCACCCAGAUCGGCGGGUCCGUCAGUAAGCUGGUUGUCGCAAGCGGCGCUGUGCACGCGAUCCCCCAGCAGCAGCAGCAGCAGCAGCUGUACCAACAGCAGCCACAUCCUCUUACUUCCCCGCCUGGCGGACCUGUGCUCUGGUCCGCUGGCGGCGGGAUCAUGGGAGGCCCCGCGGCAGUGCGUCCUUUCCCGGUGGUCAACGUCAGCAGCGCCUUUGGCGAUGCAACCGCCUCCGCUGCUGCUGCCGCGGCUGCAGCAGCCGCGGGGAUGGCGGGCGUCAGCCUGGGGCCCGGCCGGGCUGGCGGGGGCGGCGGCGCGGCCGCCGCCGCUGGCCUCGACCACGGCGGCAGCACUGCCAUGCGUGCCCUGAUCAACUGGCGCGGCACGUUUCGAUCCAGUUUGCAGCCGUACGAAGUGCUGCCUCCGGACCACCCGGGCAAGGGCACGGAGGGACUGCGCGAGCUGCGGCUGGGAGCGCUGGAGGUGUUGGUGGCGGAGACGCCGGAUGCCGCCAACGUGGCCGUGGAGACGCUGAGGGCGCGCAUGUGGGACGGCGUGCUGGCCAUGGCCACAGUGGAGCGCAACGACGAGUCCGACCCCAUCGCCCUGCUGCAGCUGUCCGCCGCCGGCCUGGCGCUGGUGAUGCGGCCGGCGGCGUGCGGCGGGCUGCCGGCGGCCUUCCGCACCGCCGUGGUCGAGGACAGUGACAUAGAGCUGGCGGUGGCGGGCUGGAACGGCAGCGAUGAACGCAACUUCGAGGAGAGCUUCGGCCUGCAGACCUUCUGGUGUCAGAUCACGGAGCUCCCCAAGGUCGCCAAAGCCUGUGGGUACUCCAAGACCGGCAUCAAGGCGCUGGUGCAAGCGGUGCUGGAGCCGGCAGCAGCCAUGCCCAAGAGCAAGAAAAUGGGCUCGCAUGACUGGUCAUCGCCUACCCUGCCGCCCGAGAUCAUCAAGCAGGCUGUGCUGGAUGUUGCGUGCAUCGAGCACGUGUUCCGGUGCCUGGACGGGCGCUUCUAGGGCCGUACGUCCAGCAGCAGCUGCUGCAGCUGCAGCUGCAGCACCAGCAGCAGCUGCAGCUGCGCCAGCAAGGACCUGCCGCAGUCAGCAGGCAGUAGCCCUGCCAGGUGCACCGUGAGGCGCCACUACUGCUGGAAGGACCAGCCUGCUGCAUGGGGAGGUGCGGUGGGCGCAACAUCGGCGGCGGAGAGUAAGGCAGCAGGAGCAGGCGGCCGAGUUUGGCUUCCUUGCCGCGCUCACGCGCUUGAUGGGGCCUCGGGCAUGCACUGCGGCGCGGUGCGGUGCUAGCAGUGACGGAUGCGGCGAUCGAGCGCAUGGGGCGAUCAAGCGCCAGUCUGCUGCUGGUCGCGCCUGCGUGCUGUGGUCACAUCAUCACGCCAGCCAACCGAUCAACACCUAGCUAGGGCACAGGGCAGCUAGCCAACCCGCGGCUAGGUGCUGCUGCAGCCGCCUGGCUUCUGUCCGGUCAUCCGUGACAAGUUGCUUGCCCCAGCACACGCGGCAAGUACGCUGUGCCUGCGGAAUUCAUAGCGCGUGUCCAUGGAUAGGGGUGCGGCGAGCUCCAGUCAUGGCGUGGCGUGGCUCCAGCGCUUCUCCUUGACAUGUUGGGCAGUGCAUUGCGGGUGGGUAGGUGUGGCGCGCAAUUUUGCAGGUUGUGGCAACGCGUGCGCGCUUGUGUGAGCAAGGCGAGGGUCCCCGGUGUGUCGGCCCUGACGCACGCAUACAUUGUGCCUAGCUGCCUCCCGGCAUGCGGCGGGAUGCAUGCGGAUACGGUAGCACACUUUCCAUGCUCGGCAUGCAUGUUGCAUCUGCAAUUACUGCAGCGGGUUAUGUGUGCCGUAUGAUUUGCAACGACUCAAUGUCGCCAGCAGCGGUCGGCCAGCGCAUGGCUGAGUCGCAGCGGUCAGAGUGAGAUGAUGCCUUAAGAAUUAGGGAUG